AUGGACGCUGCGACGGUCGCUGCGUAUGAGGCGCGCGCAGCGGAGGCCGAGAAGCGGCUGACGGCCGUAGAGGCGGCACUAGCGGCGGGUCAGGGCAAGGCGCAGGGCAUCGAUGGACCCACCACUCUGUCAGCCCUCAGCGCCAUCCGAGGCGCGCUCGUGCAGGCUCAGCAAGAGCAGGCGGAGCUGAAGGGCCAGCUGGACGCUGCGGUGCGGGAAAAGGACUUUGCUCUCAAGGAGGUAGAGAAGGCCAAUUACCGCAUCAAACACCUCGUGCGGAGCCUGCGGGAGGCCGACGAGAAGCUCGCGGCCGCGGGGCGGUAG